CCGUUCUUAUUGCGCGGUACAUUGCGUGAAUAUCAACACGUUGGCUUAGACUGGCUAGCAAGCCUUUACAGCAAUGGUUUGAAUGGUAUCCUGGCUGAUGAGAUGGGCCUUGGUAAGACAAUCCAGACCAUUGCCUUAUUAGCCUAUCUAGCAUGUGAGAAGGGGAUCUGGGGACCCCACCUGAUUGUGGUACCUACCUCUGUAAUCCUCAAUUGGGAAAUGGAAUUCAAGAGAUGGUUGCCUGGUUUCAAAAUCUUGACCUAUUACGGCAACCCAAAGGAGCGUAAAGAAAAACGAUUUGGGUGGUCCAAGGAAAACGCCUUCCAUGUUUGUAUCACCUCCUAUCAACUCGUAAUUCAAGAUCAGACGGCGUUUCGGCGUAAAGCUUGGCAAUACCUCGUACUUGACGAAGCACACCAUAUCAAAAACUUUAGAUCCCAACGAUGGCAGGUCUUGUUAAACUUCAAUUCACGGAGAAGAUUACUGUUGACCGGAACACCGCUGCAGAAUAAUUUGAUGGAACUUUGGUCACUAUUGUAUUUCUUGAUGCCAAAUGGAAUUUCGCAAUCAAUGCCCAUCGGAUUUGCGAAUCUAAAAGAAUUUCAGGAGUGGUUCUCUCAUCCUGUGGACCGAAUGAUUGAAGGUCAACAAGGCAUGGAUGAGGAAUCCCGUCAGGCGAUCCAGAAGCUUCACACAGUCCUUAGACCCUAUCUUCUCAGGAGACUUAAGGCGGACGUAGAGAAACAACUUCCAGAAAAACACGAACAUAUUGUUUACUGCCGUCUUUCAAAACGCCAACGCUAUCUCUAUGACGACUUUAUGAGCCGAGCCAAAACAAAAGAGACCCUCUCAGGUGCUAACUUCCUGAGUAUCAUCAAUUGUCUUAUGCAACUCCGUAAAGUCUGCAAUCACCCAGAUCUUUUUGAAGAAAGACCUAUCUUGACCAGUUUUUCGAUGACAGAUCAAGUCCAAGUCCAAGGCGAGAGAAUUGAAAAAUGGGUGCGAAAACGAUUUUUG